AUGCUCGAUAAUAAUAAUUUUUUUCAACGUGCUGCUGUUGCUUCAUCUGCUUAUGCUUCAAUGGCUGCAUUCACUGCUGCAGCUAAUAUGUAUAAUUCAUUCUAUCCAACAACAAAUACACAUAAUGAUCCGGCUACUUAUUUUGGUUGUACUGAAAUAAAACGAGAACGACUUGAUCCAAAAAUUUCUGUUAAACUUGAAGGAAUAGAUUUAUGGAAACGUUUUUAUUCAUUAGGAACUGAAAUGAUUAUAACUAAAAAUGGUCGUCGAUUAUUUCCAAAUCUUCGUGUUACCGUCAGCGAACUUGAUCCAAAUACUAAAUAUAUGUUUCUAUUAGAUAUUGUUCCAGUCGAUGAUAAUCGAUAUAAAUAUCAAGAAUCAGCAUGGAUUAUUUCAGGCAAAGCCGAACCUCAUAUUUAUGGACGUUAUUACAUUCAUCCUGAUAGUCCACAAACCGGUGCACAAUGGAUGAAACAAUCUAUUCUUUUUAAUAAAGUUAAAAUAACAAAUAAUCCAAUGCAAAAUUCUAAUCAAAUUCUUAUAAAUUCAAUGCAUCGAUAUAUACUACGUUUACAUAUUGUUCAAGCAUCAGAUGAUUAUUCAAUACGAACAGGUCCUUUAAGUACAUUUGUUUUUGAUGAAACUAUUUUUAUUGCUGUCACUGCUUAUCAAAAUGAUCAGAUAAAAAACUUAAAAAUAGAUAAUAAUCCAUUUGCAAAGGGUUUUCGUGAACCAACACAUGGAAAAAAGAAUAAUUCAAAAUCUCUCAAACGUCUUCAAUCAACUUGUUCAUUAAAUAAAUCAACAAAAUAUGAUGAAAAACAACAACAUUUAUGUAAAAAUGAUUCUUCAUUAUUAUCAUCAAAUUCAUAUUCUCCACCAUCACAUAGUACUGUUGCUGAUUCGACAACAUCAACAUAUAUUAAUAAUAGUAUUGGUGAUCAAGAACAAAACAGUGAUACAACAAUUUCGAAUUUUCCUUCAAUAUAUCAUCAUCAAUUUCCAUACAAUUCUUAUCCAAAUGAUUCAUCAUCAUCCAUGGUCUACAAUCCAACAUAUUCUUAUAUGGGAUCAACAUCCGGAUCAGCAAUGAAUUUUUCUUCCUAUGGAUAUUAUCCAACUUCAGUGUAUUCAACAAAUAAUUAUAAUACACCAUUUUUUUGA